CCGUUUGCCGCAUCUGGUGGACCGUCUGGAUGAGCCCAACCACUGGCAGCGCAUGCUUUCACCGGGCGAGCAGCAGCGCGUGGCCUUCGCCCGCGCGUUGCUGUAUGCACCGCAAUGGCUGUACAUGGACGAAGCCACAUCGGCGAUGGACGAAGAGGAUGAGGCCACGCUGUAUCAAGCAUUGAUCGAUGAACUGCCGGGGUUGAGCAUCGUCAGCGUCGGCCAUCGCAGCAGCCUCAAGCGCUUCCAUGGCCGGCAUGUGCGGAUCGAAGGCGGUUGGCUUCAAGAACAACCCGUGGCCUGAAGCCCACUAUUCCGAAAAACG